AUGGAUGUCUUUGUUCUGUUACUGUAUCAUUUUCUUCCUCCAAACUUCCAGAAGCUUGAAGAGAAAUUCAAUUCCAAGGAGGAACAAAAAGUGCAGCUGCAACCAAAACUAGAGGAGAAAGCGGAAACAGAACUUAGAAAACUGCACCAAAACUUCUGCUUCAAAGCCCGGCCAUUGCCUGAUUUCUACAGGGAAAGAGAAACACCAAAGACUCCGAUAAACAAGACUCGGUUGACACAACCUCAGUCACCUAAACUAGGAAGAAAGCCCAGUGCCAGCACAAUGUAUGGCACAAUCUCACCACAUCCAACGUUUUUGUCCAAGAAAAUUGCUUCCACGAGUGUCUUUAAAAAGAAAAGUCGAACCUUGACUCUCUCACCGCCCCACCAGAAAUCAUUAUGCCCCAAGAACACAUCCUCCUCAAAUAUUCAGCAUUGAUCAGCACAAACAGAGGGGGGGGGG